UAGCGCAAUGAUCUACACCAACCCGGGUUGUAGGUGGACAUUGCCUAAUCUAUAAAGACACUGAAUUCUUAUUUUGAAGGAUCCCAUCUCCGUGCGCAGCCUAUCCGACACGAGGCCAAGAGUAAAGAAGCAAGCCACACGCAACACGAACCUGUGUAUCCUUGGCGACAGUUGGUCAAGAAGACGUGAAUUCUAAUUGACCGGAUCCCGUUUUCUCUCCGGGGGAUUUAGGAAACUUUUUCGACAGUUUUGAAUGAAGUGCUGCUCACGCGCGCGACACUGAGACUCAUCAAUCCUCUUUGAGACUAAUUGCUAAUGGAGAUCCCGGUUGAAGUGUGCGUGUUUCUCCUCUCCUUGUUAGCUCCGGGGGUACUCUACACCAUCAACAACGUCCCCGCGAUCCAAGACGCCCUGCCGUUACUCGGGCUGGGGGCGGUGGUGCUGGGGAGUGUGCAACUGUUGGUGUUUCUAUCGGUCAGAAGCAAGAAGAAUGUUGACCCUUUAUAUUACGUAUUUGCCCUAUUCAGCUUCACCUGCCUUGUGGGCCUCACUAACGCCCUGGAGCAGGACGGAUACAUCUCAGGCUUCAUGACCUUCUAUGUCAAGAAGGGGGAGCCCCAUCUGAGCACAGCCUAUGCGGUGAUGAUGUGUUACUGGGAGGGCGUGGUCCACUUCCUGCUUCUGCUCACCAUGAUUCACCGCAUGUUCCGAGGGAAGUCGUAUCGGAACCUGGGGCUGUUGUGGGUGGGGUCUUCCAUAGCCCACCAGAUCAUCUUUGUUCCAGGAGUGGUUAUUGGUAAAUAUGGCUCCAACAUUCGUCCCGCCUUCUGGAGGAACACACCCUUCCUGUUGCUGCCCAUCUGGGCGGCCUUCCUGCUCUUCAAUAGGCCCAGAGACCUGUCAAUCAUCCCUGCUGACAAGGUGGAGGCUGUGCAGAAGAAAGGUCUGCUCUCACGGCCCACGGACCUGCUCCUCUCCCUGGGCCUGCUGGCCUGCAUGGGCCUGUGUGUGUUCAGGGGCAUGGUGGUGCUGGAUUGCGCGAUGGAUGCCUGCUUCAACUAUGUUUACCAGUACGAGCCCUGCCUCAAAGACCCUGUAGGCUUCCCCCGCCUCACGAUGAUGGUGCAGCUGUUCUACGCUCUGCCUCUCCUGGCUGUCAGCCUGUACGGACUACAAGCCCCAGGAUGCACCUGGAUGCUGGAUUGGACUCUCUUCUUCGCUGGGGCCAUUGCCCAGACUCAGUGGUGUCACAUCGGGGGGUCCCUCCACUCCCGGACCCCAUUUACGUACCGGAUGCCGACAGACAAGCGCUGGGAGGUCCUGCUCCUCAACCUGGUGUUCCUGGCCGGCCCCGCCCUCCUGGCACUGCGCUGCCACGCACGCCCCGCCUUCUUCAUGAAGCAGGUGCCCAAGGGACAGAGCAACAAGGACAAGAAGAAGAACUAGCACUACUUCUUCUGUGGUUACUGUGUGUUUGAAACAUCUCAGCCCUGCGUGUCAAUAUGAGCUGUAACACUCCCCGGACUGUUGGACCUAGAUAGUGGCUGUUUGUGGACGUGAGCAGUCUGUCUCUCUCACACACACACACACACAGCCUUGUGAAGUGGGACUCUGACCUGGCUCACGGUUCAGGACUCACACAGACGGUAUGACAUGCACAGGAAGCUAAUACACAGACUGUAUGACACACAGACAGACACAAAGCACGUAACACAUACUCUAGGACUGUGUCCUUUGAGCAUGAACACACACACACACAGAUGGAUAUAAGUGAUUAGAUUAGUUAUAUACUCAGACUGUAAAAACUCGUGCUCUGUUAGGAAAUCACUUAUUCCUCUUCCAGUCCCUCCACCACUCCUUGAUCCAGGCUGACGGUGAGGGCCAGCCAGCCUGUCCUGUAGUCGGUCUGGAUGUGGAGCCGAUCACAGAAGAUAAGACAGAUAACAGCUCCAGUUUCACAACACGCAGGUCAGAGAUAGGAGAGAGCGUGUCACCGGAUGAGAUAAGGGACGAGUGUUCUCGGUGUGUGUCGAGUGUUUGGUUAUUUCAGUGGUGUGCCUUUGCUUUUGGCUGUGUGUACGAUUUAGUCUUACAAGAUUGGGUGGUUACUAUAGUGAUAUUUAAAUCAAAACUUUUUUUUAGGGGGGGGGGCUGGAAGUUUACCAGGGUUGCUGUAGGUGAUGGGUUUGCUAGGAGACUGGGGAAUGCGGUGAAAAGCAUUAUGGGAUAGAUGUUUGUGACUCCACUAGACUUUUAUAUGUGAACUCUUAUUAAAGGAUGUUAUAAAACAGCCGUCCUGUGUUGCUGUGCGUGUGUGUAUCGUCUGUAGAGACCAUCCUCCUGUUAGUCGACCUGGACCAGAGGAUUGAGUCCUACCACAUCCCUGAGCUUGCAGCUCAGUGGUC